AUGUCUUUGCCGCAGAGGCCAGGCAAGCCCUCACCUCGGCGCGACGAAGCCCGCGCAUUUCGUGAACCAUCUCGGCGCCGUCGCCGCGACGACGACCCGGGCACUUACAGUGACGACCCCACCUCCCCCUCUUCCCAUCGACACCGUCGUCGACGCUCUCAAAGCCAUCGAAGAACGACUGAUAUAGACGAGGAGCGCAUGGAGCGGGGCGGCGAUGGGAGACGCAAAAGGAGCAUGGUCAAACCCGAGCGCCGGCAGGAUGACCGUGACCAGCCAAACUACCAUUAUCGUCAGCGAUCGCAGCAUAUGCCCACUUUUCCCUCGGCAACUGGAAACGAGCCAUUGUCAGAUAACAGGGAUGGCGAGGCGGAAACAAACAGCUCGCGCAGCAUGGACAUGAAGAGCAAGGAGGGUCUGUACGGAGCGCGAGGUAAUAUUAACAAACCCAUGGAGCGGGUUCCCAGCAGACAUCGGUCAAAGAAAAAGAAGAGAGGCUCACGACGGUCAUCCAAGGGUGCUUCGAGUGAUGAAAAAAGACGUCGGAGGGCUAUUGAACCAAGUGGUCCACCGGAACUCUGGCCUACAUAUUGUGCCGUGAUCACUUUCUUUAUUCCGGACUUUGUGAUGAAAUGGUUCGGCAUGCCCGAGAAGGAACAGCGUACUGCCUGGCGAGAGAAGAUUGGUCUUAUCAGCAUUAUUUUGAUGAUCGGUGCUUUCGUUGGUUUCUUGACCUUUGGUUUCACAGCAACAGUUUGCGGCUCGCCCCCGGUUCGGUUGAAGGUUAACAAAGUCAAUUCCAACUACAUGAUCUUCCACGGAAAGGCAUAUGACUUAAGCGGGUCCAAGCACGCUGCCGCGGCUGGCAUCCCCGAGGAUUCAGAUGUCAUCUAUGACUUGCCUCAUAAGUAUGGGGGACAGGAUGGCAGUUUCAUGUUCCAGCAGGUCAAUGGUGCAUGCAAAGGAUUGAUCAAAGCCCGGCCUGAUGGUGGUGUUCCAACCAACGCCAAUGGAGACUUGGGAUGGUACUUUCCCUGCGCACCUUUCAACCAGGAUGGAUCAUCCUCGCCGAAUUUGACUGUUGAGUACUAUACCGGCUGGGCUUGCCACACCAGCCGCGAGGCUCGGGAACCUUUUUACACGCUGCGAAGCGACGGAGAUGUGUACUACACAUGGGAGGAUACAAAGAACAAGAGCCGGAAUCUGGCAGUUUAUUCUGGAAAUGUACUUGAUCUUAACCUUCUUGCCUGGUUCAACAACAGCCAGGUGUCAUAUCCCGCCCAAUUUGACCAAAUCCGCAAGAAUCCUCAUGUUCGGGGCGUUGAUCUGACGUACUACUUCCAGAGUGGAGAGGACAAGAAGAUUGGCAAGUGCUUGGCGCAGAUCAUCAAAGUCGGCAGCAUCGAUACCGAUACCGUUGGCUGCAUUGCAUCGAAAGUAGUCCUCUACGUGUCCCUGAUAUUCAUUCUCUCCAUCGUCGGUGUGAAGUUCGGUUUCGCCCUGAUCUUCCAAUGGUUCCUGGCACCCAGAUUUGCUGCGCAGAGUACGAGCAUGGCUUCCGAUGCCAGGACUCGCAAUCAACAAAUCGAAGACUGGUCCAACGACAUCUACCGACCUGCGCCACGAAUCACUGAUCCUGUCGUUUCCGAUCGCGUCAAUAAGCGCGCGAGUUUCCUUCCCACCACAUCACGUUUCUCCAGCCCGUACAAUGUCAGCAGCAGUACUGGCAGUAAGCAAAAGCCGCUGUAUGUUACCAUGGCCAGCCAAAACUCGACCUCUCGUCUCAUGCCCACCUCGAACCCGGAGGCUAUGUACAAAUUAAGCCACAAUGGAAGUGGAGGCACUUUAAGCGCCGACCACACUCGCCAUAACCCUGGUGCUAGUCGGACUAGCCUGAUCCCACCAGCCCAGCAGCAAGAUCAGGGCUACUCAACGCUUGCAACGGACUAUGAGGGUCCAGGUCCUGCUGGUUUCAUCCACGAGGCCGUCGUUCCUCAACCCCCGCCUGAAUGGCAGCCAUUCGGCUAUCCUCUGGCUCAUUCUCUUUGCUUGGUCACUUGUUACUCUGAAGGUGAAGAAGGUAUUCGAUCGACUCUGGAUUCACUUGCUAUGACCGACUACCCGAACAGCCACAAGACUAUCCUAGUCAUCUGUGAUGGUAUCAUCAAGGGUAAAGGAGAAGAGUUCUCCACACCUGACAUCGUGUUGGGUAUGCUCAAGGAUCCUGUUAUUCCUAUCGAUGAAGUCCAGCCUUAUUCCUAUGUGGCUGUGGCUACUGGAUCCAAGCGCCACAACAUGGCCAAGGUUUACACUGGAUUUUAUGAUUAUGGCGUCAAUUCAAUCAUCCCGCUCGAGAAGCAACAGCGCGUUCCUAUGAUGGUUGUUGUCAAGUCUGGAACUCCUCAGGAGUCAACCCAGUCAAAGCCCGGUAAUCGUGGCAAGCGUGACAGCCAGAUCAUUCUCAUGUCCUUCCUCCAAAAGGUUAUGUUCGACGAGCGCAUGACGGAACUUGAGUUUGAAAUGUUCAAUGGCAUGUGGAACGUUACAGGCAUCCCGCCAGAUUUCUACGAGCUUGUCCUCAUGGUUGACGCCGAUACCAAAGUAUUCCCUGACAGUCUGACCCACAUGGUCUCGGCCAUGGUGAAGGACCCAGAAAUCAUGGGUCUCUGUGGAGAAACCAAGAUUGCCAACAAGACCGACAGUUGGGUAACGAUGAUCCAGGUCUUCGAAUACUUCAUUUCUCACCACCAAGCCAAAUCCUUCGAAUCCAUCUUCGGUGGUGUGACCUGUCUGCCAGGAUGUUUCACCAUGUACAGAAUCAAAGCUCCCAAGGGCGGCCAGAACUACUGGGUGCCUAUCCUUGCGAACCCGGAUAUUGUUGAGCACUACUCCGAAAACGUUGUUGAUACCCUCCACAAGAAGAAUCUGCUCCUCCUCGGUGAGGAUCGUUACCUGACCACUCUGAUGCUCAAGACUUUCCCGAAACGCAAGCAGAUUUUCGUCCCACAAGCUGUCUGCAAAACUGUCGUCCCCGAUGCAUUCAUGGUCCUGCUUUCUCAGCGUCGCCGCUGGAUUAACAGUACCGUCCACAACCUGUUCGAGCUCGUCCUCGUCCGUGACUUGUGCGGAACUUUCUGCUUCAGUAUGCAAUUCGUCAUCUUCAUCGAGCUCAUCGGAACCCUCGUUUUGCCCGCUGCUAUCUCGUUCACCAUCUACGUCGUCAUCUCUUCCAUUGUCAAGAAACCCGUCCAGGUCAUUCCGCUGGUCCUUCUCGGUUUGAUUCUGGGUCUACCUGGUGUUCUGAUUGUGGUCACUGCGCACAAAUUAGUCUACGUGCUGUGGAUGUUGAUCUACCUGCUUUCCUUGCCGAUCUGGAACUUCGUUCUACCGAUGUACGCGUUCUGGAAGUUCGAUGACUUCAGUUGGGGCGAUACCCGCAAGACUGCUGGUGAGCAGGAUAAGGGACACGGUGAUGCCGAGGGCGAGUUCGACAGUACGAAGAUCACGAUGAAGAGGUGGCGUGAUUUUGAAAAAGAACGUCGCCUACGCAGUGCUUGGUCACAGCCCAAUGCCUCGACGGAUCCCUAUCCGUCGCACUACGAGACCUAUUCCCAUUAUUAA